UAGCUUUCCUUCUCCUUUAAGUGUCUCCAGCACCAUGGAAUAAAUUUGGGAUCACCCCGUUUGCUGCAAUAACAGGUACCGGCUCUCAUUCAUUCAUUGGGGGGGGGGAUCUGUUGUCAGCCCUCAAAGAUACUGCUUAUAUAAGGUCUGACUGGAACCCAGGCAAGGAGUAGAGAGAGCCAUAACUACCUAUAGUAACCUCUGGUUAGAGCUGCCACAUCAGUGUCGACCCUCGCUCCUCUAACUCAUUGGCGGAGCUUCUGCAGUGAAAGUGAUUCCAGGAUAAUAGACGAAUAGCUACAAAUGUCAUGGUUUCAGGUGUCUGCUGGGCGUGUUUGCUCUCAUGUACUGUCAGUGUUGUGGAACAUGCUGAACUAAAUAUGUGAUAGGAAUUCAGCGAGACAAUAGAGAAUGUACCUGCAGCCUUCUGUUUAUCUUUAAUUCCCGGGUAUGGUGAUUUAAUAACCUGACCUUGUUAAAUAAAUAUCCCAUAGUCUGCAUUUCCUUCUGGAGGAGCAGGUGCUUCGCAUGCCAGGGACAGCUGUGGGCGUUGUUUAGGGUGAUAUAUAUAUAUAUAUAUAUAUAUAUAUAUAAGAUCAGGAUCUCACUCCCAGCAUCAGCACUCCCGUAUAUCACAUUCCCUGCCAUUCACUCAUUCUAGAGAUUUUUUUUCUUCUUCUUUUUUUACCGUGUCUGUUUUCAGCAAGCCUUUAUUUCCCCUUUGCUUUGGAGGUGCUUUCUAAGCCGUCAUGGGGGACAAAGCUCGACCGCAAUGUUACUUCAACGUGGAGGUGAAUCGGGAGCCAAUUGGCCGCAUUGUCUUUCAGCUCUUCUCAGAUGUGUGUCCUGAGACAUGUAUGAAUUUCCUGUGUUUGUGUACAGGUGAAAAAGGAAUCGGAAAAGUCACAGGAAAAAAAUUAUGCUACAAGGGUUCCACCUUCCAUCGAGUGGUUAAAAACUUUAUGAUACAGGGAGGGGACUUCAGCGAAGGAAAUGGGAAAGGUGGGGAGUCCAUAUAUGGCGGCUAUUUCAAAGACGAAAACUUUAUUCUGAAACACGACCGAGCGUUCCUGUUGUCCAUGGCUAACCGGGGGAAAAACACAAACGGAUCCCAGUUCUUUAUAACCACAAAAGCAGCCCCACAUCUGGAUGGUGUCCAUGUUGUGUUCGGACUGGUGAUUUCAGGCUUUGAAGUGAUUGAACGGAUUGAAAGCUUGAAGAGCGACGCUGCCAGCCGACCCUACGCUGAUGUUCGAGUCAUUGACUGUGGGCUGCUUGUAAGCAAGUCAGUGAGGGAAGAAAAAAUUAAGCAAGCUCCAUCUCAAUCAGAGGAGUCUGAUUCCAGUUUCAAAUCCACUACUCCUCCAUAUUCUUCCUCAUCGUCUUCAGAGUCUUCCUCUUCGGAGAGCGAAGCUGAAAUAGAGAAGCACCGAAGGAAGAAAAGGAAACGGAAAACCAAAGUGAAGCACUUAAAACGGAGACGGAAAGAGUCCAGCAGGAAAGAGGAGGCCAGGGAGAAAAGCCCCUCGAGGGAGGAGCACAGUCCUCAGUCAGUUAACAAUCAUCUGACAGAUGAUAAAGAUAUUACGUCGAAGAGGGAGAAACCCAUCGUUCGCCCCGAGGAAAUCCCUCCUGUACCUGAGAAUAGGUUUCUCCUCCGCAGAGACGCACCUGUGGCAAAGCUGGAGCCUGAACAGAAACCUGCUUCUGUUGAACCUGAAAAAAAUGAUCAGCAGAAUGCACCACUCUCCAAAUCUGGCAGGAGAAUUCGGGGCCGCGGUACAAUAAGGUACCAUACACCACCUCGAUCCAAGUCUCGUUCAGAAUCUGAAGGGGAAGGAGAGAGCAGUGAAACUCCUCCUCACUGGAAGGAGGAAAUGCAGAGGUUAAGAGCCUACAAACCGUCUUCAGGAGAGAAGUGGAGCAAAGGAGACAAACUCGAUGACCACCUUUCCAUUCAAUGGGGUCAAGGAAGUGCAUCACAGAGGUCAAGUUCCUGGUCACCUGAUGGCUAUCAUUCUGAUGGGAGUAGAGAAAGAGGUUCUCGCUCUAAAAAUCGUAAGAAGGAGAAGAAAAUAAAACACAAAAAGAAAUCCAAGAAGCUCAAGCAUUCAAAAAAGCGCAAGCCAUCAAAAAGAGAUCAGUCCCUUGUGCCCAAAGAAGGAGUCCGCCUUUCUUCAAACAAGAAGUCAAAAUCCUCCCAGGAGAGAAUGAAAAGAUCUUUGUCGGCGUCAUCUCGAGACUCUUCCAAAAAACACUUGUCUAGAUCCAACAAAGGCGACGGUUCCUCUGUUCAUUCCAGCAGAGGUGCGCUCUCUGAUUCUAGAUCAAGAUCUUAUUCAAGAGAAAGUGCGACAUCUGGAACAGGUUCGAAAUCCUCUUCCCGCUCUAUAAGCGACUCCAGAGGUAGGUCUCCAGUGAAAGCUAGGUCAAGACACAGGAACAAAUCAGGGUCCAUAUCAAAUUCAGUGACUCCUUUGUCCGGUUCCAAGCAAUUGAAAACGGUGUCCCCACCCCCCAAAAACGAAGAACCCCCUUUAGUAGAAACUAAACCAGUUCCCGUGGUAGAGCAAGGGAAACCCACAGUUCACCAAACUGAGAAGACUGCAUUGCCAGUGGUAACUACGGAUAACAAACCUGAGAUUCCAAUAAGUGACAGUCCACCACCUUCCAGAUGGAAACCUGGACAGAAACCAUGGAAACCAUCUUAUGAACGAGUGCAAGAAAUAAAGGCCAAAACAUCCGGUGUUUUGCCCUCACAAGGUAAACGUACUGUAGAGGACACUAGUAGCCACACACGUAAAAAGCGUCUGGCUAGCUCUGAUAGUGACCGCAGUGAUUACUCGAGCAGUUCAAGCUAUCGGCAGAAAUCCAGGAUGCGUUCUUCUCGGAGUCUGUCUUACAGCAAAUCCUAUUCAAGAUCAAGAAGUCUUAGUACCUCAAGUUCCGAAGCCAUUUCUCGCAGUGACUCCUCAUAUGACCGAUCCUCCUCUUACGAUUCUAAAAACAGGAGUCAUUCUAGGAGAUCUGGCUUAAGGAAACAAACCCGUUCCAGAGGUAAAAACAGUCGCUCAAAAAGUACAGCAAGUAGGUCCAAAAAAACUAAUUCUUCAAAAAGCAUAGAGAGUAAUUCUGAUUCUGGAACUUCCUCUGACGCAGAGAAGGAGAAUUAUCAGAACAUUGUGCUGGAAACCACCAAGGCUUUAGAAGACCUUAAAAAUCAUAUUGGUAUAAAGAGUACUCCGGAACAAAAUGACAACAAAGAUACGAGCUUAGAUAAACAACAAGAAAAGACUGAAAACAGCAGUGAUUUCAUACAGGCAGUAUUACCAGAAAAAAGUGACCAAUUGAAAGAAAAAUCCAGCGAUGUCGGUCAACUUUCAAACGGGGAAAGAAACGCAAGUAAUUUAAGUGCAGACAAGCUUGCAUCUUCUGAGAAGGAGGAAGGGGAGGCCAGUUCUGAAUCGGACACAGAGGUUGUUUCAAAGUCCACCACUCCUGGUUCUGGAAAUAUUCAGGAAAACCUCCCAAAAUCCCGGCCGUUGGCGAGCCCGAACCCUGAUCACAGUAAAAGCAAAUCGAAGAAACGAAAACGGCGUUCCAGCAAAAAAAGCUCCAAGAAAAGCCACAUGAAAAAGAAUAGGGAAAAGUCAAAGAAGAAAAAGGAGAAGAAACGCAAAGCCCAAAAGAAGAAGAAGCCCGUGUUCUGCUGGCAGCCUCCUUUAGAGUUUGGCGAAGAGGAGGAAGUGGUGAUGGAGGAACCUGACGUUAAGAAAAAUAGCGUCACAGAAAAACACAGUCGGGUUCAAGACAAGUCUUUGGAAGACGUUAGUCAGUCCUCUAAAAAGAGUGCAAACAGCAAAACUUUGCGGGUCAAGGAGGAAAUUUCCAAAGAACAAAUCAAAAGCUUGAAUCAAGGAAGUCAAGAGAACAGAGGGAAAAGGCAAACAACAAACACAGAAAAACUUCAGAGCUUAACCGUGGGUUUGGCUAAGUCUACCACUAGCCGCAAAACUGGUAAUGGUAGCCUCUCAUCAAGUCAUGUUAAGGAAGAGUCCAAUUCUCCUGCCAAAGGACAGAGCAGCAUUUCAGGUGUUACAAAUGGGCAGAAAGCUUCAGUAGCGGCGGCUUCCAUUACAGAUGAGAAGUUGCAAGUCCAGGAAGAGAAGACUGUUGGUAGCUCGCUGGAACCAGGUGAUGUAGUCAAACUGGAAAAAGGCAACAGUGGAAACUCUGAAGCUGCUGCAGCAGCUCUUGACAAUAAAUGGAAACCAGUCCAAGGACAGAGUAUCCUGCAGAUGAUGAAAUCUUCCAGCAUUCCACUGGCCAUCCCAACAGAGCAGGAGAAGAAGUCUCAGGGCCUGCGCAUAGAGAUCAAAAGUAAAAAUAAAGUCAGGCCCGGGUCGCUUUUUGAUGAAGUCAGAAAAACCGCCCGACUUAACCAGCGCCCCAGAAAUCGAGAUAGCUCGAGCGAAGAACGGACUUCAAGCGAAGACGAGAAAAGCCGAUCGACCAGCCAAGCAAGAUCACGCAGUAAAUCCAGGUCGGCGUCCAGUCACAGAUCAAGAUCUCGGUCGUACACCCAGUCAAAGAGCCGUUCUCGAUCAUACAGUUAUUCAUCCAGGUCUAGAAGUUACACGAGAAGUCAAAGCAGGGAGACGUAUAGACGGUACAGGACACGGAGCCGCAGCAGAUCUUACAGAAGUUACACCCGUUCGUACAGCAGGAGCCGCUCCAGGAGCUCCUAUGAUCACCGCAGAAGGUCAAGUAGUCGAUCCCACACAUACGACAGUUACGACAGCAGAAGCCGGAGCAGAAGCCCCAACUAUCACAGAUCCCGUAGUUACAAACGGCGCUCCAGGAGUCGGAGAUCAUACGGGUCAUACAGUAGCAGUGAUGCGAGUUACAGUCAUCGCAGGCGACACAGUGGAAGAAGCUAAAAAACAUCUGUAUUCCUUGUUACGUAUCAAACAUCCCCCGCGGAACCCCCGGGUGUCUCCUCUGUGGAUCCUGGUGCUCAUUACUCUGCUCUGAGGGGCGGAGCUUGGGAGACCUUUCCCUAUGAUCUGGGGGUAGUUCUGCUGUUUGAUUGGUCAGGACUGUGGCGUGAAAGUUAAUUUCUUAGAUCAGUGCUGUCCAAUUUAUGUGGUACCGAGGGCCGAAAUUUUUCCGGCCUACAUAGUGGAUGGCCGAUAAUGGAAGCCAGUGUUUACCACUCCCUGU